GGGCGCGUUAUCGCAACUGCGGCCAUGAUUGUGGAGAUCAAGUUCAUUCACAACUGCGGCAAGGUGGGCCACAUCGAGGAUGUGGUGGUGGACCCCGCGUAUCGCGGAAAGAAGCUCGGGCUCAAGCUGAUCAGUGCACUGGUGGACACGGCUCGUGAGGCGGGGUGUUACAAGACCAUUCUGGACUGCAGCGAGGACAACGCGCCCUUCUACGAGAAGUGCGGUCUGACGCGGAAGGGGGUACAGAUGGUG